GUAGUUUUGAUGUUAAUUCGUAUUAUUGUUACUAGGCCUAUGUUAUUGUUAAUGAUAAUGCUGAUCGAAACUUUCUAUGCAUAAAAGCUUCAUUGUACAUUUCUGUCACUUGCAAGUAUAAUGGACAGUGAAAUUUUCUCUAGACCCUUUGUUGAGUCUCAAAAACUCAUAAAUGAAUGUGUUGAAAAAUGGAACAACAACUUUGACUGGUUAAAAGAGAUCUAUGAAGAAGCCAAGAAAUCCCUGUCUGAUCCUAACCAACUUUACUUGCCAAAAACACCAUGCAUGAGGAGGAAACGUCAAGCCAAACUUCCCAGAAUUAGUGAAGAUGAUGGACCUUCAAGGAAAACAUUAAAAAAAAGAGAAAGAAAAAGUACUCCUGAUCAUGAUGACUCAAGUGCAGAAGAAAACAAGUCUACUCGUACACUACGACGGGCAGCAUCCCGAGCUGCAGUAUCAAAGAUUAAAGAAUCUUUAGAUCACGAAAAACUAGAUCCUUCAAAAAAAUGUAACCGUGAGAAACUUCAGAAGUAUAAUCAAGGACAAGUUUUACAAUCUGCUUCUGUAAUGUGUACAAAACUAAUUUCAGAAUCAGGUUUAUCUGAUGACACAGACAAAUCCCCAAAAGAGAACAAUUCUGAACAAGCUGAAUAUCGUGUAGAGAAUAAAUGCUGCCAAGAAUUGGAAGCAGGUCCAAUCAGUGAUUCUUCUGAAAAAGCUUCUGAGCCUUUGCAAAAUAAUUUAUUGGUUAUGUUAGAGGAUAUUUGCAACGAAAAGGAAAGAAGUAGGAGUAGAAAUGACAUCAAAUUUAAAGAUAAUAAGCAAGAGCCUACCAAUUAUUUAGCCUCACCUGAUGAUCAAUCAGAACCAACAGGAAACAGUAUUAAGAGUGAGAGCAGUGCUAAAGAAGAAAGUCAUUCAGGGUCAACUGUAAGUGCAGUGCAAAGUAUAAUUGAAACUAAAAUGUCUAAAAAACCUGUCUUAAACACUCCCAUGCAGAAUAAUCUCACUCCUAAAAACUGUACUCCUCUUGUUAAACCUAGAACCACUAGAGCUGCAAAAAAUAAAACUUUGAAUCGGUUAAACCCUGAGAAGUUAAACACUUCCACAGCAGCAGUAUAUUUAACAAGAGAUGCAUCCCCUUUUGUUUUAAAGAAAAUUAAUCAUACCCCCAAGGUUAAAGCACCAAACUACCAGAAAAAAAUGCCUAGUAAACAAAACCAGAUAUUUUCACCUUAUAAAAAAGAAAGCGUUAAGAAAAAGGUACAGGCAUAUGAAGAAAGAAUAGUAUCACCUUUUAAAAAGACAGCUUGUUCUAUCAAAAUCAUUGAAUCAGUAGCUGAGUCACCUACCAACAUAAUUCAAUCAAAUGCACACACUCCUAACCAGAUAAAUACAAAAGCUGUGAUUAAUGCUGUGGAAUUGAAGGAAGAAACACCUCUUGAGUACAGAGUUAAAAAGGUGUCGGAUGUUAACAAAGGUCAAAAUUCUCAACUUAUUUUAGCAAAAGCAGCUAGAAUGAGUGAAACAAGGAGAAGUACCUCGUUAAUGAGAUACCAUAUUCGUACAAGUUUGAAUAGGAUAACUCGUGCAAGUGCAGCUGCACGAAAGAAAUCAUUGAAAAGCUCUUGUAAACUUAGUACAGCUGAAAAAUAUCAAUCUUCAGUAUUACUUCAUUCAUCUGUGUCAUCUACGGAAUCACAAAAAACAGAGGAUUUGGUUGAAAACAAUAAAAUGGAUGAAGAAGGUGAUGUUGAAAAUAGUGUAGCAGAGUCUAUAAACAAACAAAAAUCUGAUGAACUACACGAUGUUGAAGAGAACAAAAAGGAAUCUAAGAAAGAUGAACCCUCUGCUACUGAGGUCAAUAAUGAAGAGAGUGAUGGGGAUAUUGCAGAAGAUAAAGGAGCAGAAGCAGAUGGAGAAGAUGAAGGAGAAAGUGAUAUAGAAUCUUCUCAUACAACGAAUGGCUUCAGGCACAGAGCACCUAAGAGAUCAUACACUGAAAAGAAUAAAGAAGAUUCAAACAUUAAUGAAUUUAAAAAAAUGAAGAUGACAACAGUCCUAAAUUCAGAUCCAGUGGUAAUUUUGGAUCAUCUUGACAAAGACUUAGUUAAAAGGUUUUCUGAUACAGACAAUGAAAACUAUAAUCGUGACAAAGAAAAUGCAAGUCCUUUGGUUACAGAAAUAGAUAGUGAUGGUUAUUUGACUGCUUCUAGUGAUCCUAAUUCAGCCAUUCCUACAUCUGAGGCACCCACUCCAGUAAAAAAAGUGUUUGCUCAUCCCCUGGGUCAGAUUGCAAGUAGUAAUAAUCAGAUACGGACCAGUAAUACCAAGUUCUCAAGUGGACAGAAAAGUUUGCGAUCUGGAGGAUCGUCUUCGAAUAAGGUUUUACAUAAAGGACACCUCAGUAGAGUUCACUCCUUGAAGAAUGAUUACAGUGGAUAUACUUCCAGUGGUAGUAGCAAUAAGAAUACUCCUCAGUCAGGAAAGUCUCGCCUUUUUCCAGCUAACAUUGUGACAGGCGUUUCAUCUUUCAUUAAGUCCCGUGGUACUCCUCAGAGUUUGACAAUUAAAGAACGAGAAUACCAAAAACAACUGGAAAUUCAAAAGAAACAACAGAAAGAACAAGAAAUCCUUCGUAAGCGAGAACAAAUUCUUAAGCAGAAGAUUGAAGAACAAAAGAGGAAACGAGAAGAAAGAAUGCAGAGAGUGAUUGAAAAUAAAAAACAGCAAGAAAAGGAACAAGAAGAUAAAAUUCGUCAUCUUGAACAACAACAAGCAGAACAGUUAGCCCUGAAAGAAAAAGAAAGGGAAGAACGCCGAAAAGAAGAAAUGAAAAAGAAGCAAAUUUGGAGAAAGAAAAAAGAAGCAGAAAUUGAAGAGCGACGUCAGCAAGAAGAAGAUGCUCGAUUAACCAAAUUAAGGGAACAGGAUGAAAUUGAAAGACAAAGACUUCAAGGACUUGAAAAACAGAAACAGGAAUUUGAGAAACUUAAGGCAAUUAUCAACCAGCACAACAACAAUCUUCAGCAGAAAGCCAUAAUGAACAGUAUUUUUACAAAAGAGAAACCUGAGGCUCAAAAAAAAAUGGAAUGCAUUGUGAACGUGCCCAAAAUUGAUUCUGUAACUUGUAUAACGUCACCAGAAGAUCUGAAAUCUGGAAUGGUAACCAACGAGAAUUCACCAGCAGAGUUGAAUUCUACCUAUGUUAAAGGAAAAGAUGAACCAGCUCAGGAAAGUAUCCCGAAAUCUGAACUAAACAAAACAUACAUCACAGAGGAAAAUGAAAAGGAAGUGAAUUGUUAUGAAAUGACACCUCAGCGACCAGCUCAGUCUCAAAAGCUAAAAAAUCCAGAUAACUAUGACAUUGGGGAUUUAAAGUCAGAUGAUGAAACUGAUGAUGAGGCAGACCCAAAGAAACAAAUACCUCAGUGGGCACAAGGGUUUCAGUUACGAGCUGCCUUAAUUAACCAGACAUACAAUCCUCCAAAUAUCCAUGAACUCUUUGGUGACAUUAUACCACCAGAUUUGACCCAAAUGUUCCCAGUACAGCGUCGAAGAUUCCACAAAAGAACCAGUUCAGCUCUGUGGCAUUCUCCUGUUAGACCCCAGAUGACAAUGACAAAAACGUGAUAAAUGUUGCUGCUAUGCUGACCGAGUGUGUUAGAUUGGACAAGUUUUCACAGUCAUCAGGAGGAUGUUUUUUCCAUUGUAAUUAAUGUUUAAAAUGUUAAAGGAUUCUCCAUAGAUUCUUUGUUUACUUCCCUAAUAAAAAUAAGCUUUAUUUAACCACCAAAUCAGGCUUUGCUACUUGUUUAAAAAAUUGAUGGUUAUGUGGGAACAGUGAAAGAAUGUCCCUAAGAAAAGUAUGGGGCUAAGAUGGGUUUUUUACCAACAGCCAUUCGAAAUGUUCACCAUACUUUCUAAAUCAUUACAGUUGAGCAAACAUUUUGAAGCAAUUAUUGAUUAUUAGAAAAUCCUAGAAAGGCACAAGACUCUAAGAUCAAGUUCACAAUAAAAUAAGAUAUUCUUCAUUUAAGAAACAUUGAAGUAUCUAAGAAGAAUCUGAUAACAUUUUGAAAUUCGUAUUGAAUGUUUUAUAAUUUACUAAAACAUCUCUGUACUGUCAUGCUAUACUGUCAUAAAUAAACUGUAGAUGUGAAAA